AGCAAGAUGCCUGUGAAGAAUCUCCAUCCAGUUUACAGUCCUGGUCCAGUAAUACGGGACGACUGGCUAUGCAGGAGAAUUCUGCAGAGCUGAAAUCAGAUAUAUCAGAGUCUGAAGAGAAAAUCACUGAGGGAAAUGGGAGAGAAGAAGAGUCACCUGGGAGUGUUGGAAUAAAAUUGCAGAAGAAUGGCAGCUUCUCUCCACCCUCAUUUGGUCAGCCCUCUCUUCAAUACAAAGAGAAAGGUAUGAAGAUUCACACAGGAAAAAAAUAUCAUUGUCAUGAAUGUGGCAAGCAUUUCUCAAGGAUCCAGAAUUUUAACAAGCACAAAAAAAAUCACUCUGGACAGCAGAAACCCCAUUGCUGUAAAGAAUGUGGCAAACGAUUCUCAAUGAGAUGCCAUCUUGAGUACCACAGAAGAAUCCACACAGGAGAAAAACCCCAUUGCUGUCCAGAAUGUGGUAAGUCGUACUCAAGCAGAAGCCAUCUUCAGAGGCACAGAAUAAUCCACACAGGAGAAAAACCUCAUUGCUGUCCAGAAUGUUGUAAGUCAUUCUCCAGUAGAAGCCAUCUUCAGAGUCACAGAAGAAUCCACAUAGGAGAAAAACCUCAUUGCUGUCCAGAAUGUGGUAAGUUGUUCUCAUGUAAAAGCUAUCUUAAGAGGCACAGAAGAAUCCACACAGGAGAAAAACCUUAUUGUUGUCCAGAAUGUGGAAAACAAUAUUCUGACAAACAAAGUUUUCAAAGGCACACAGAAAUUCAUACUGGACAGAAUCCAUAUUGAUGUUCUCAAUGUGGAAAAAGGUUUUUCAACAUUAGCUGUUUUCAAGUACACACACACUAACUCACACGGAAGAGAAAAUGCAGUAUGUAUGUUCUAUAUUUGGCAAAUGUCGUGCAAGCCAGAACUGUCUUAUAGACAGGCCAAAAUCCACACUGGAGAAAAAUCUUUUUGCUGAUCUGAAUGGGUAAACGAUUCUUAGAUUUAUACUCAUUUCAGUGCCACAUCAGAACUCAUACUGCAGAGAAGCCUUAUUGUUGUCCUGAAUGUGAUCGGCAAUUCUCACAACAAAGCACCCUACUGAGUCAAAUGAGACUUCACACCGGAGAGAAACCUCACCAUUACUUGGAAUGUGGCAAACAAUUCUCACACCUUAAUUCUCUGUAUAAUCAUAGUAGAAGUCAUACUGGAGAGAAGCCUUACAGUUGUAAUGAAUAUGGAAUGUGAUUCUCAUAUAACAGUUGUCUUCACAAACAUAAAAUAAUUCAUUCUGGUAAGAAAGAAAAAUGUUCUGACUGUGGCAAGCUUUCCUCAGACAGCACGACUCUUAAAGAUCACAUGAGAAUUCACUCUGGAGGAAAAACCCUAAUACUGACCAGAAUGUGGCAAACGAUUCUCACGUCCAAGCACACUUAGGUGCCACAGAAUGAUCCACAUUGGUGAGAAGCAGUAUACCUGUUCUGAAUGUGGUAAAGGGUACUAUUCCAGAAGAAGUUUUCAGAGACACACACAAAGUCAUAUUGGAGUAAAGCCUGUCCCAGAAACGACAAAUGAUGUUUCUAUUGGUUCCUCAACCAUAAAAAAUGAAUAAUUCUGAAUGAGGAAAGGACUCCAGGUUAAAGUGGUUAAUAAGUACAUAAGAAUAGUGGAGAAAACACUGAAAGUGGCAAACAGAUCCUAGAAGUAAGGUAACCUCAGAGCCACAUAUGAAUUCUAUGGAAAAAUAAUUUUACGGUAACAUAGCAUUCAUCUUAAAGUUAUAGCAUUAAAAGUUAAUAAAUGUGGGAAA